AUGUCCGUCCCUCUUUUCGACGAUAUUCUCCUCCCGACCGCCAUCUCGCCGCCUUCCGGUCUCCGUCUCCGUGCCCUUCGCAGCGAUGACUACGGAUAUCUGGAGUUGCUCGAACAGCUCACUUCCGUCGGACACGUCACCAAAAACUACUUUGAGCAGCGUUUCGCGUCGAUGAAGAAGGCUGAUUCGUAUUUUGUCGUCGUGCUCGAGCACAUUGAGUGAGUCGGAUCUCUUCGGAAUGCUUCAUAGCCGUUUUGCUUUCAGAUCGGCGAAGAUCGUCGGCGCUGCGACAUUGGUGGUUGAGUUUAAGUUCAUUCACGGAGCGGGAAGCCGCGGGCGAGUAGAAGAUGUCGUCGUGGACGAAUCGAUGCGCGGAAAGAAACUCGGCAUUCUUCUCAACAAUGUGCUUGUCGACAUGGCCAAAACCGUAAUAGGAUCAUUCCCACCUCUUCACAACUGUUAAUUCACAGAUCGGAGUCUAUAAACUGUCUCUGGAGUGCAAGACGGAGCUCGUUCCGUUCUACAGCAAGUUCGGCUAUUCGGAGGACCUCCACUUCAUGGUUCAGCGCUUCGAGGAGCCAUCCGUCGUCCAACUGGACUGA